AUGCCUCUCGUCAAAAUCGACAUGAUCAAAGGUGUGCGCACACCAGAAGAGAUCAAAAAACUAGCAGACGUGGUUCAAGAAAUCAUGCUCGCCAAAUUUGCAGCUCCGCCUCGAGACAGAUAUCAAGUAAUAACCCAACACGAACCCUACGAGCUAAUCUUCGAAGACACUGGCCUGGGCAUCCAACGCACCAACAAACUCAUCCUCAUCCAAAUCUUCCAACAAGGCAGAUAUGCCGAUCAAAAACAAGCUAUUUACGCAGACUUGGCAGAACGUUUGGAAAAGGAAUGUGGAGUCCCAAAGACGGAUUUGGUGGUUAGUUGUUCGGCGAAUACAAAGGAGGAUUGGAGUUUUGGACUUGGAAGGGCCCAGUUUUUGACGGGGGACUUGUAG